UGAAUGAGAACAUGACUGUCUGUGUGGCUGACUUUGGACUUUCCAAAAAGAUUUUACAAUGGUGACUAUUACCGACAAGGCCGGAUUGCCAAGAUGCCGGUGAAAUGGAUCGCCAUCGAGAGCCUGGCCGACCGCGUCUAACACCACCAAGAGCGACGUGUGGUCCUUUGGGGUGACGAUGUGGGAGAUCGCCAGUCGGGGACAGACCCCUUACCCCGGAGUGGAGAACAGCGAAAUUUACGAUUACCUGCGACAGGGAAAACGGCUCAAACAGCCCCCGGACUGUCCGGACCCCGUGUACGAGCUGAUGAGCUACUGUUGGCGACUGGAGCCUCAGGAGCGCCCGAGCUUCGCUGUGAUUGGUUGGCAACUGGGCAAGCUGGAGGCAGAUCUGGUGGCCGCCGAGGAGGAGGACAUGUUGUACGUCAACAUGGAGGAGGCGGGGCGAGGGGCGGGGGCCACGGGAGGCCUCUCCCCCGCUCUCGGACCCCCCCAACCACCGCGGGGCGGGUGCUCGGAGCUCACCAAAGCCAACCUGCUGAUCGCAGCCGACGUCCACCCUCGCCCCCCGGGGCAGCGUUACGUGCUGUGCCCCCCCCACGAUCGCCCCGGACCCGGAGCCCCCCUCGAGCCGCCCGAGGAGCAGUGUGGCUGCGAGUCUGACUAAGCUGUGGGUCCGCAGUUAUACAGCCGCCCCCCACCCCA